GAUGACAUUGAAAAUGCUAGUUUGGGGGCAUACCAAGACAGGCCAAGGACUUUCCCUGACAUGCGUAAUAAAGUCAACACCCCAUUGGAAUUGCAGAAGGAAUUCUGAUGAAGUAGAUGGCAAGCUUCUGAUGUGGAGUAACCAACCACGAGGCAGCGCAGUUAACGUAUAGGAUUGACUCAGUUGAGAGGAUUCUAUAUCUCAUAAGGCAACCCUGGUCGAAGAUCGAAGGUGUUCCUUGGGCAGUUUAGGCGAGAGGCCGUGAGUAAGAUCCUGGAUGGAAUGGCCUAAUCUGACGCCGGACCGCUUGACCGCUUCUUCUACCUCCAUCACGCCUCUUCUUUAAAACUCGACAAAAGGGCUGGCGUCGAGUACGUUGAAGUAAGUCUUGGACAGUGAACUCAAAUCUCGGAAGGAGAAGGGUCACUGCUUCAAGUGCAAUGAGAAAUUUACUUCAGGUCAUCGUUGUAAAAAGAAGUGUUACAAGUUCUACUGUGCCUUAAUGAAGGAGACGAACACACUGCAACGACCGUGGAGGAGGAACUCAGUAUUGAAGAAGCACCAGUCACAAGAACCAGUGUUUUCAAGGUGCACCCAGGCGAGCGCCUAUGGUGAGGGGCGAUGCGAGGAAUGAGUUGGUCGGUUGAGUGAUUGGCUAGGCGAGCACCUUCAAUAAGGAGCUCGCCAUUUGUGCCUUUCAGUCGCCAUGAACAUGUCUUCAUGGCAAAUAUUUCGAAUUUUGAUGGGGAUAAAUAUUCGUGUUCUCUUAGUACUUCUUCUCUUUGCAUUUGGAUUAAUCUUCUACAUUGGAGCAAGCACUUCCCCUAUUAUCGUGUUUGUCUUCUCAAUUUGCAUUGUCAGCUUCUGCUUUUCAAUAUAUCUUACUAAAUGGGUGCUCUUGAAAGAUGAAGGGCCACAGGAGAUGGCUCAGAUUUCGGAGGCAAUACGUGAUGGGGCAGAAGGUUUCUUUAGGACGCAGUAUGGUACCAUCUCUAAAAUGGCUAUGUUACUUGCCGUAGUUAUUCUUUGCAUAUAUUUAUUUCGAAGUACUACUCCUCAACAAGAAUCUUCUGGGAUAGGGAGGUCAACAUCUGCUUACAUUACUGUUUCAGCGUUUCUGUUAGGAGCUUUGUGUUCAGGUAUUGCGGGGUAUGUUGGAAUGUGGGUUUCAGUUCGUGCAAAUGUUAGGGUCUCUAGUGCUGCAAGGCGGUCUGCGAGGGAGGCAUUGCAGAUUGCUGUCCGUGCUGGUGGUUUUUCUGCCAUAGUUGUUGUUGGCAUGGCUGUUAUUGGUAUAGCCAUCCUGUAUGCUGCAUUUCAUUUUUGGUUGGAUGUGGGUUCGCCAGGUUCAACAAAGGUUACUGACUUGCCUCUUCUCCUCGUGGGUUAUGGUUUUGGAGCUUCUUUCGUUGCUCUAUUUGCUCAGUUGGGUGGUGGUAUCUAUACAAAAGCUGCUGAUGUUGGAGCAGACCUUGUUGGAAAAGUUGAGCAGGGAAUACCAGAAGAUGAUCCAAGAAAUCCUGCAGUUAUUGCAGAUUUGGUUGGAGACAAUGUGGGUGAUUGUGCUGCUAGAGGUGCAGAUCUUUUUGAAAGUAUCGCUGCUGAAAUCAUUAGUGCUAUGAUACUUGGGGGAACAAUGGCACAACGCUGUAAAAUUGAAGAUCCAUCUGGUUUCAUUUUGUUUCCGCUGGUAGUGCACUCCUUUGAUCUGGUGAUUUCAUCAAUUGGCAUUCUCUCUAUUAGGAGGGGUACUCGUGAAUCUGGUGUGAAGGGUCCCAUAGAGGAUCCAAUGACUAUACUGCAGAGAGGAUAUUCUGUGACUAUUGUUUUGGCUGUUCUAACGUUUAGUGUGUCUACCCGGUGGUUGCUUCAUACUGAACAAGCUCCUUCUGCAUGGUUCAACUUUGCCUUGUGUGGAUUGGUCGGUAUUAUAACUGCUUAUAUUUUUGUCUGGAUCACCAAAUACUACACUGACUACAAGCAUGAGCCUGUGCGUACAUUAGCACUUUCUAGCUCCACAGGCCAUGGGACAAAUAUAAUUGCUGGAAUCAGCUUGGGCCUGGAAUCAACAGCACUUCCUGUUCUUGUUAUUAGUGUGUCGAUUGUUUCGGCAUUCUGGUUGGGUCACACAUCAGGACUUGUGGACGAAGCUGGAAAUCCAACUGGUGGGCUAUUUGGUACUGCUGUAGCAACAAUGGGAAUGCUCAGCACUGCUGCCUACGUUCUCACAAUGGAUAUGUUUGGGCCAAUAGCUGAUAAUGCAGGUGGAAUUGUUGAGAUGAGUCAGCAGCCGGAAAGUGUUCGGGAGAUCACCGAUCUUCUUGAUGCAGUAGGUAACACAACUAAAGCGACCACAAAAGGUUUUGCCAUUGGCUCUGCAGCACUUGCAUCCUUCCUACUUUUUAGUGCUUAUAUGGAUGAGGUAGCUGCAUUUGCUCAGGAACCUUUUAAACAGGUAGAUAUUGCAAUUCCAGAAGUUUUUGUUGGUGGUUUGUUGGGUUCCAUGCUUAUUUUUCUUUUUAGUGCGUGGGCUUGCGCUGCUGUUGGCCGAACAGCCCAAGAGGUUGUAAAGGAAGUAAGAAGACAGUUCAUUGAAAGGCCUGGUAUAAUGGACUAUACGGAGAAACCAGAAUAUGGACGCUGUGUUGCUAUUGUAGCAUCAGCAUCUUUAAGGGAGAUGAUAAAACCUGGUGCUUUGGCUAUCAUUUCUCCUAUGGCAGUUGGCUUCCUGUUUAGAAUAUUGGGACACUAUACUGGGCAUCCGCUUCUAGGGGCCAAGGUUGUUGCUGCAAUGCUGAUGUUUGCAACAGUUUCCGGUAUUCUCAUGGCCCUUUUUCUGAACACAGCAGGGGGUGCCUGGGAUAAUGCGAAGAAGUAUAUAGAGACCGGGGUUCUCGGAGGAAAAGGUAGUGAUUGUCAUAAAGCAGCUGUAACUGGGGACACCGUAGGAGACCCAUUCAAGGACACAGCGGGGCCUUCGCUUCACGUUCUCAUAAAAAUGCUCGCUACCAUAACGCUGGUCAUGGCCCCCAUCUUUCUGUAAAGAUUGAUCCUGCAGCAGCAACACCCCCUUCUGUUUUGCAUUCUACCCACAGGCACACCCUCAACAAAUCCUUCCCAUUUUUGUUUUAUGAUUCAAAUAAAAAUUGUACUAGUUUUUUUGGUUAAGAGUAAUGUCCUAUUUUCUUUUAAACAUUUUCACAUCACUAAGUUUCUAAAUGAGAUUUCUAUUUAUAAUAUUGUAUACUUUUAGAACUAAAUACAUACACGAACAUUCAAACACUUCCUUCCAUUACAUAAUUAUCCAAUAUCCAUCAAAUCAUUGGUAGAUUAA